GAGACGAACAGAGCCCUAUUCGGGUUGACUUUAAGUGCAACUUUUAACAUCAGCAGAGCGUCAGUGACCAGAAGCGUUUAAGAAUUUUGUUUUUUUCGUAAUCUGGUUGAACCUGCUUGGUGAUUAUGCUACAUAAUUUCGCUAAGUGACUUCAUGGGAAAAAUCUCUUCAUUACUAUUUUAAGCGCACGCCGCCAAAACUGCCACCCUUUUUGUACAUUUCAAAUUUAACUUUUUUUCGUUUUAGAAGGGUUAUAGCCUACAUUUUGCGUGUUCUGGCACGGUAAUGGAGUCAUCAGAACCGGCUGAAAUCCGCACCAUUCGUGAGAACUAUGAGAAAGCGCUGCAGUGUCUGAACUCAGGGCUUCAGUAUGACGAGGUGGGGAAUAAGGACCAAGCGCUUCUUCUGUACAAACUGGGCAGGCGGCAUCUUCUCAGAGGGCUAGAGGUGAACACCCACGGUGAGCGCUGCGUCGGGCGCUACUGGGACUUCGCGCGACAGACGCAGCUGAGGAUGAACGAGACUCUGAGCACCAUCACUGAUCGUCUAGGGGUGCUGGAGUCCACAGCGAACUCGGGUCAGCGCCUUUAUCCGACCGUUCCUGUCCUCCAGGACCCCCAGCCAAUAGUUAUCACCAGAACACCUCUCUCAGCUUCAGGGGGGGCCUCUGCUCAUCCUGCCUCCCCUACGGCGGGCUUCACUGUACCCGCUGAACUUCCACCAGCCUACACUCCACAACCAACUGAAGGGCAGCUGUCACUCUCCCAUGGAGGCAACGGGCCAUUUCAAGCUGCUCCAAACCGGACACCUCACCGCCAGGCGUUUGCCCCAGUCAAUCUCAGAGAGGCUGGCAUGGAGACUUUGUUCUUGCCUAGCGGGGUGCAGAUGUUCUUCGUUUCUGCUGAGGGUCAAGUCAGCGCCCCUUCUUAUCCAGGGUACCUACGAAUAAUCAUAUACAACAGCCAGAACAGUGGUACCGGCUAUGCCCCAGCCUACCUACAGGUUUGUGAUUGGAUCUACCCACUAUACCCAGACUCACCAGUCUUUCUUAGCAACAAAGGUGUGUUCACAUUUCCCAAUACCACCGCAGCAGUGCCGGGGUCCUAUGUUGGGGUGGUGCUGUCCUCAGAGCUGCCUGCAGUAGACAGGGAUCUGUUCCAGGAACAGCUGGCAGCUCUGGCACAGCUCAGGGUCCAGGUAGAUGAAGAACAAGGUGGCGCUGCAGGAACAGAUAUUAACCUGAGUGGGAAGGUUCCUCCUUCAGAAACAUCUCUAACCCAAACGGCAGGAGGGGAGGAAAAAACUGUUCCUGUGUGGAGCGAAAAAAUGUCACAGAACAUUCUAGCAGGGACUUCCUGGCUGAGUCGGGGGCUUGUGCGAGGAGCAGACGUUACCGGUAAAGCCAUCCAAAGAGGAGCAUCUAAGCUACAAGAAAACAUCACUCCAGAGGAGACCCCAGCAGAGGUCAGCCCCAAGGUCACCAAAGGCCUAAAUGCAGCUAAGCAGGCCACUGGGGGUGCUGUGAAAGUCAGCCAGUUUUUAGUGGAUGGUGUUGCUGCUGUAGCUGAUAGAGUUGGGAAAGAACUUGCUCCACACGUAAAAAAGCACGGUAGCAAACUCAUCCCAGAAUCCCUCAAGAAAAGUAAAGACAACUGCUCCAACAUGGAUGGAGCCAAGCUAGUGGCAGGAAGCAGCUUACAAGGUUUGUCGAAUCUCUGGUCAAGUCUGGAAACCGCAGCAAAGACCAUUGGCAAAAGUAUAACUUCAGAGACGGUGACUACUGUGAGGCACAAAUUUAGGGGUCUAGGAAGCCUCUUGGACCCCCCUAGCAGCAUAUAAAUGGUGGCGGGUAAAAACACACUGCAUUUUCUCUGACUAAUGUCUCUGCCAAAUUCGAACCUACCCACAGUGCCUUGUUUACUGACCAUUACUGACCAUUCAGUGGUUGCUGAGAAGGUGCAUAUUUUUAUUAACAGUCCCGUCAGAGUGUUUUGUGAAUUAAAACUGAGGUGAAUGCAACAUUUUGUCUGCUUACUGUGU